AUAUGCUGGGUUUCAGAAAGAAUGCCUAAUUAUCAUUUCCGUUUCUGCCGUUAUUAAUACUGUCAAGCUGUGUCGUUCUCCGUCAAGAGACUAUGGCUGACACUAGCUCCCACACUAGCCACACGCGUGACCCGAAGCGGCACCUGACAUUAGUGGCUGGUGAGUCGUUGUCGAUCACCCGAUUGCAAACAUGGCAAACAACGCUUUCCCUCCAUCUGCCCCAACGCAGCGGACGUCAUCCAUCAUGAAUCACCCCAGACCUGCUCGACAAUGACCUCAGAUGAGAAGACGACACUUCACGACAUUUACGAUCCAUCGACCCUUCCAGACUUUGAGAAAGAGUUCAUCGACCCCGAUGAUUUAUAUCAGUUCGAGAAGGCGCUGAAUGCCCCCGAAGCUUCCCCGCUCGUUGCUAUAAAUGAUUGGCGUCCCAUCAACCAGCGUAUUCGGAGGACCCGUGGCCGUCGGAAAGCUCCUAAGAGAAGCAAGGAUGAGACGCGGGAGGGGGUUUUGUAUGCUAUCUUGAAAUGGCCCUUGUUCCUCCUGGUGUUCGCGUGGAUCAUUGUGCUUGGCUUCCUCUAUGUCCUGACCCGUCUGUACAUCUUCCUGUACGAACACUUCGUGACCUGGAGAGGUACAAGGGAGAAACUGAGAAGGCAGCUUGCGAUGCAGAUUAGCUAUGCAGACUGGCUGACUUGCGCUCAGGCGCUAGAUGUCUAUCUGGGGAAUGAAGAGUGGAAGCGACACGAUGAAUACGCUUAUUAUGACCAUCUGAUGAUAAAUAAAGUUGUCUCGCAGCUGAAACAGGUGAGGAAGAAGGUCGAACUAGGGCUGCAUGAUGCGUCCACUAUCGAUCCCAAUGAGCCUCCUGCUAUCGAUGAGCUUCGGUUACUCUUGGAAGCCUGCGUGAGGAACAACUUCGCCGGCGUGGAGAAUCCCCGGAUCUAUAGCGAGGCGUAUUCCGGGACCAAGGACCUGGUGCAGGAGUACAUAGAUGAGGUACAUGCCUGCCUUCGACUGCUUUCGGAUAGCUCCCAGCUCAGCGAUGACAUCAAAUACCUGCAUUUCAGACAACUUGAUACGAACUUCGGUCGAACUGCACUUUGCCUGUCUGGAGGCGCCACUUUUGCUUACUACCACUUCGGAGUUGUCAAGGCACUACUCGACAAUGAUGUCCUGCCUGAAAUUAUAACCGGCACAUCGGGAGGUGCCCUGGUCGCGGCUCUAGUUGCAACCCGGACUGAUGAGGAGUUAAAGCAACUACUCGUACCGGCACUGGCCCACCGCAUCAAAGCGUGCUAUGAAGGCCCCAAGGUUUGGAUACCGCGGCUAUGGCGGACAGGCGCAAGGUUUGAUACCUUGACCUGGGCUCGGCAGUGUAGUUGGUUUUGUAGGGGCUCGAUGACAUUUAGGGAGGCGUACGAACGCACUGGUCGUAUUCUGAACGUGUCUUGCAUACCGUCCGAUCCUUAUUCCCCAACAAUCCUGGCAAACCAUCUAACCUCUCCGGAUUGCGUCAUAUGGAGUGCUGUGCUGGCUUCUGCAGCUGUUCCAGGGAUCUUAAACCCAGUGGUGUUGAUGUACAAGAAACACGAUGGUACUCUAGCGCCCUACUCUUUUGGACAUAAAUGGAAAGACGGUAGCCUUCGGACUGAUAUACCUAUCAAGGCUCUAAAUCUGCAUUUUAAUGUUAGCUUCACUAUAGUUUCUCAGGUAAACCCUCAUAUCAACCUCUUCUUCUUCAGUUCCCGAGGUACAGUAGGCCGGCCGGUUACGCACCGAAAAGGCCGAGGCUGGCGCGGUGGUUUUCUCGGUUCCGCUAUCGAACAAUAUAUCAAACUUGAUUUGAACAAGUGGCUCAAAGUUCUCCGGCACUUGGAACUGCUUCCGCGUCCAAUGGGCCAGGACUGGAGCGAAGUCUGGUUACAGAAAUUCAGCGGCACGAUCACGAUCUGGCCUAAAAGCGUCGCGUCAGACUUCUAUUACAUCCUCUCCGACCCCAGCCCGGAGCGACUAGCACGCAUGCUCCACGAGGGCCAACGCAGCACCUUCGGCAAGAUCCAAUUCAUCAAGAACAGGUCGAAGAUCGAAACUGAAAUCAUGAACGGCCUAAUCCGCUGUUCCCCUGCUCGCUCCCUGGGCCGUGUCCCCUCUCCCAUCCUGUCUCGACGAGACCCGAACCAGGUCCGAUACAGGGAUGGAGGAAAUAACCGCAAUUAUGAACGCGUACCCGGCGAUGCUAUGGUGGAACGUCUUGACAGUACUUUACCCGAGCGUUUCUCUUCUAACUAUAAGGAUGAGUCGCGGUACUUGGAGGUGCCGGAUUUCGUAUCGGUGAACUCCUCUCGUGCGCAUGUCUCUGAUUCUGAUUCUCCGCGUGGUAGCUUCGUUGAGGAAUUAAGGCGCCAAUCUGCUGUUUUCUUCGAUGACGCUGAUCCCGAUUCUGAUGUGUAUAAAUAAAUGAUGCAUACGUUGAGUAACGGUGUCAGGGUCAGAUGAAUGAGGAUAGGAUACCCAUGCAUAUCAAGGAUGUAUUCAAAGUAUUUAAUGUUAAUUAUAUAGUAGGCGUUGGUUGGUUAAGCUCUUCCAGAUUAUUUUAUUUGUUGGCGUUCUAUCUGCAUUUGCUUACAUUUAUGUUUAUCACGAAGUGAAGGAUG